AUGCACACCGAUGUAGGGACGGCGAGUGAAGGGUCGCGGACGGCUUCGCCCGUGACCACGGCAUCGAGAGGGAAGUUCUUCCGCGCAAGAGGGGGAACUGACUCGGACGAGAGUGGCAGUGAUACUGUCACCUCGCUACGAUCGGGGUCGGAAGAGGAAGCGCAGAGACGUCGCUUCCGGAAGAGGCGGGGGAGCGACGACCCUGUACCCGGACCUGAAAAGGGCACCUCGAAGCCCUCAAAGAGGGGGAGAGGGAGACCGCCCACCACGGGCGUAUACGUCGGUCUGCACCAGGCGCGGAAAGAGAAGCUUGCAGAGGAGCGAAGAGCUCAGCGCCUGGCAGAACAAGCAGAAGCGGACCGGCAAAUCUCUGAAGUGACCAGAGUACUACCACAGCUACGGUCACACCGGCUGUCGGUAGUCUCACAUACGGACGCGACGAUGGGUUUUGAAGUUGACGAAACGACGACGGCAACGAUCGGCAACUCGAUCGCAAAGAGCUUGGAGGUCAUAACAAAGGUGGCCACCAAAUCCAAAAAUCUAAGUGGUCCCUUUAUUAAGGCCCUCAAAAUGGCCACGAUGGAGAUCAGAGAAUCCACUGCGACGUUACUAAGUCGCACGAGAACGGAGGAAACGAGGGCUCUUGAGGCGGCCAAUGCCCGUCUCUCAAAGGAGCUCUCGGACCUACGAGAGGAGCUCGCGGCCGUAAGGCGUGAGGUCCGCAGGGCGAGCCCGGAGGCUGCCCGUGUGGCUCCUGCUGAGGAGCUCAAAGAAGUCAUGGAACGAGCGGUACGCGAGGCCGUCGCCUUGUCGAGCGCGAGGCUUGACGCGCGGUUGGAAGGCCUUGAAGCCAGGCUCCUCCCCGAGCCGCGUCUUCGGCCUCCCCUCGCUUCUGACAGAAGAAAGGAGGCCGCUCAAGGAGCGCAGUUGGCCGCAACAAGGCCUAAACCCAAAACCCCUGCCCCAGAACCCGAGGUGACAACACUAACACCUCCGGCGAACCCUGGUCGACAGGAGAAGAGGAAGAGACGGGAGAAAGUGACUGCUGCGGCGAAGGAGGCGGCAGCCACCAGGAGGGACGGUCCGCCCAAAACUCCGGGCGCAGCUGAGGGCACACCCUCGAAGGAAUGGACAAAAGUCUCAAAUAGGAAGGGACAGAAGAAGGCAGUUCCGCCGCCGAAAAAGGAGCCCAAACAGAGAAGACUGCGGGCCCCGAAAUCGGCAGCAGUGGUCAUCACUCUGCAGCCGGAGGCCACAGACCGGGGCGUCUCUUAUAAAGACGUCCUGGAAAGGGCCAAGAAGAGGAUAGACUUGGCGGCCAUGGACAUAGGGGCUGUCAAGUUUAAAGUGGCUGUCACCGGGGCGCGCAUGCUCGAGGUGUCGGGGUCGGGCUGUCAUCCGGCCACCCAGUGUGAGAAUGCACCGCACUGCGUGCUAUGCGCCGACAAAGGUCUGCCGGCGACUCACAGCGUCGGAAGCAAGGCCUGUGAGAGGCCUACACCUAAGAAGAAGACGCAAGACAAGAAGAAGGCGAAGGCAAAACCGAAUCCCGUCGCCACCACACAGGAGCCCGCCGCCACACCACCUGCAGCGGCGGCUCCAGUGGCCGAGGAGGUCCCAAUGGAAGCUCAAUAA